AACCAAAGAAAACUGUAGCACUGCCCCCAAGCCUCAGCUAGCUCACUGCACGUACCGCCCGUUCCUAACAACAACAAGCAUCGUUUCAUCAGCUGAUCGAUCGAUCUGAUCCUCUUCCAGCCACUGAUCGAUGAUGGCCGCCAGCAUCUCUUCCAGCCCGAUGAACCUCCCCGUCAUCAUCGGCGACCGUCGGCCGUCGCUGUCCCUCUUCCAAGCACAACGGCCUCCGACAGGGCACCACCGGUCGUUCUUCUCCGGUAACGUGGCGCUGAACACGUCGUCCCAGCGCCGUCCUCGUCGUUCUUGCCAUGACGUCGUCGCCUCGGUGGCCACAACUGACCGCCCGGUUCCUCUGGCCGGGGACGUGGACCGCGGCUCUCAGCCGGCGGAGACGUCCGGGCGCUCCGACGACGACGGGCAACUGGCCGCGCGGUGGCGGGAGAUCCACGGCAGCGACCACUGGGAGGGCCUGCUGGACCCCAUCGACGCCGUGCUCCGUGGGGAGCUCAUCCGUUACGGCGAGCUCGCGCAGGCCUGCUACGACAGCUUCGACUACGACCGCUUCUCCCCUUACUGCGGCAGCUGCAGGUUCCCGGCCAAGACCUUCUUCCAGGACGUCGGCCUCGGCGGCGCCGGCUACGAGGUCACCCGCUACCUCUACGCCACCUCCAACGACCUCAAGCUCCCAAACUUCAGGAGCCGGAAGCACAGGUCCGCCGCCGCCGCCGCCGACAAGCUGUGGAGCGAGAUGGGCACGUUCAUCGGCUACGUGGCCGUGUCGACGGACGAGGAGACGGCGCGGCUCGGCCGGCGGGACAUCGUCGUGUCGUGGCGCGGCACCGUCACCCGGCUCGAGUGGGUGGCCGACGUGACGGCCAACCAGACGCGGCUGAGCGGCAUGGGCGUGCCGUGCCCGGACCCCGACGUGAAGGUGGAGAUGGGGUUCGCGGAGCUGUACACGGGCAAGGACGCGGCGUGCCGUUUCUGCCGGUACUCGGCGCGGGAGCAGGCGCUCGCCGAGGUGCGCAAGCAGGUGGAGGUGUACCACGGCAGGGGCGAGCAGGUGAGCGUGACGGUCACCGGCCACAGCCUGGGCAGCGCGCUGGCGAUGCUCAACGCCUUCGACAUCGCGGAGACGGGCGCGAACGCGUCGCCGGAGCCGGAGCUGGACGACGACGGCCGCAGGUGCAGGAAGGCGCAGGCGCCGGUGUGCGUGUUCUCCUUCGCGGGGCCGCGCGUCGGGAACCUCAGGUUCCGGGAGCGGUUCGAGCGGGAGCUCGGCGUGCGGGCGCUGCGCGUCGUCAACGUGCACGACGGCGUGCCCAAGGUGCCCGGCGUGUUCUUCAACGAGGCCGCGUUCCCGGAGGCGGUGCUCCGGGCGGUGGACGGGCUGGGAGCCGCCGGCGUGUACACGCACCUGGGCGUGCCUCUGGCGUUGGACCACAGGGCGUCGCCGUUCCUCAAGGAGACCAUGGACAUCUCGUGCUACCACAACCUGGAGGCGCACCUGCACCUGCUCGACGGCUUCCGUGGCUCCGGCGAGGUGUUCCAGCUCCGGGGAAGAGACCCCGCGCUGGUGAACAAGUCGGCGGAUUUCCUCCGCGACGAGCACAUGGUGCCGCCCGUUUGGUACCAGGAGGAGAACAAGGGAAUGGUCAGGACGGAGGACGGACGGUGGGUGCUGCCGCCGCGCCAUAGGGACAUCGACGAGCACCCGGAUGACACUGACCAUCACCUCCAGCAGCUCGGUCUUGCUCUCAACGCAUCAACCUAGUGAAAACGGUGGUUGAUGCCAUGGUGCAUCGUGCAUAGGAGCCACGUUCUUUAAUUAAUCCGAGUAAGAAAAAAAAAGAAAAACGCUACAUAAAGCUUGGUGGAUAACAGUAUAUACUGACUAAAAUUCAAUUCAUAUUUUUUUUGAAGUCAACACCGAGAUCCUCACCUGAGUUCAUUUCAAUUCAUAUUGUAAAGGUAGAUUUUGAAAGGCAGUGACAAUAUCCAAUACAGAG